AAAGUUGAAAUUUCAAGCGAUUGCUUCCGGGUGAUAAUGAUGUUUCUGUUUGCUGUAACACGUUUGGUUUUCUUGGCGGUGAUGAUUGUCACAGUGAUGGAGGCACGGACGAUGUAUCACGAACAGCAAGAUGAAGAUACCAUCGACGGCAAGAACUUCAAGCGAACUUUACCCAACAUUCAAGAACUCACCAUACUGGAUAAGAUUUCUAUCAUAAAUAAAGGACACCAAGGAAAAAGAUUAUUUGAAGCUGACAUUGUUCUAACCGACCAUGAUCACGUGGACACGAGGAACACUGGUGACGUGGAUGGGCCAAGCGGAAACAUUGUUAAACGAAACGCAGCAAGAUCACGUCAGGGCUUAUGGCAGACACGAGUUGUCCCGUAUGAGAUCGACCCUGCCAUAUCUGGUGGUCAAUCGUCAAUCCUCCAAGAUGCUAUAAAUGAAUUCAAUACGCAUUCAUGUCUUAAGUGGAUCCCGAAACGCAGCGAAGACAAGAACUGGGUGAAGUUUGUCAAGGGGGACGGGUGUUUUUCGAGUGUGGGUAAGAAGUACUGGACAGAAGGAUUCCAAGUCUUGUCUCUCGGUGGCGGUUGCUAUAGCAAAGGAACUAUUCAACACGAGAUGCUCCAUGCUUCAGGGUUUUGGCACGAACAGUCCAGACCUGAUAGAAACCAAUACGUCGAAGUUCUGUGGGAGAAUAUAGAACCGAAUAUGGCCUACAAUUUCAACAAGUAUACUCACGCCAACAUUGACAUGCUGAACAAACCGUACGACUAUGAUAGUAUCAUGCACUAUGGCAAGUAUGGGUUUUCGAUUAAUGGCAAGCCGACCUUACAAGCUCUGGGAGAUCGUAGCAGAAAUAUAGGCCAGAGAAACAGUCUUAGUCCAACCGACAUCCUGGAGCUGAAUGCUUUGUAUGACUGUAAAACUAAAAGUGGAGGAUGGAGUGACUGGUCUAGCUAUAGCCCAUGCGACUAUUCGUGCUAUAAGUAUCGCCAAAGGUUUUGCACAGCAGAACACAGAAGUAAUUGUCCAGAAGCUAACUUUUAUGGAAUUCAAACGGAUAUGAAACGCUGUCCUCACGAAGAAUGCAAUGCUCCUCUUGAUGGUCACUGGGGUCGGUGGUCGUCGUGGGGAUCCUGCAGCACGACAUGUGGAGAAGGAAGCAAGACUCGAACGAGAAUUUGUGACGACCCAGUUCCCAAGAAUGGCGGCAAAAAUUGUGUUGGAUCCAACACGGAACAACGUUAUUGCAAAGUUCGAUCCUGUGGCUUGGGGCCUGAUGACUGCGAGUUUGACAACUUUUGCUUCUGGACCCAAGACAAGUCUGACACCAAUCCCCAUCCCUGGGCCCUCAACAAGGGGACAACACCCAGUGCCAAUACUGGACCUAAAGGAGACCAUACAAGUGGAUCAGGAAGCUACAUCUUUAUCGAGGCCUCAGCCCCAGCUGCCACAGGAAAUACAGCCAGACUACUUAGCAAAAUCUUUCCUGCAACUUCCGGACGCUGUAUGAGCUUCUGGUACAGCAUGUAUGGUGGUGGAAUGGGUGAUCUUAACGUCUACCUCAAAGAUCCAGAGACUGGCGCCAUGGAAAAGAUAUGGAGCAAAUCAGGUGAUCAAGGCCAAGAUUGGAAAAAUGCAGAAGUUACGAUCAAGAGAGCAGCUAAUUACAAGGUGGUGUUUGAGGCAGUGAGAGGUGUCGACUUUAGAAGUGACAUAGCCCUGGAUGAUGUGACAUUCAAAGAUGGCAGUUGUGCAGGUCUUCGACCUACAAUAGCACUUCCUACAACAAAAGUGGUUCCUACUACUUCCCCCACCAAGGCACCUAUAUCUCCUCCUGCUGAUGUCUGUAAUUUUGGUACCGCAAGUGGGACGCUGUGUACAUGGAUCAAUGACCCAACUAAUCCUAAAACACCGGACAAUUAUUAUCAGUUUAAUUGGUGGACUCAUGUUGGUCCCACGCCAACUAGUAAAACCGGACCAUCUUCUGGCCAUGGAGGAUCAGGCUACUAUCUUUACAUCGAGACAUCCAGUCCCUUCCAGCAAGGCAUGAAGGGAAGGUUAAUGAGCAAACAGUACAAGGCUUCUUCUUCCAUGUGCUUUGACUUCUGGUAUUUCAUGUAUGGUACAUCAGUUGAUACUCUGACAGUCUAUAUGGAAAAUAGUUCAGGUCGUACCAAACUGUGGACAAGAGAUGGUAACCAAGGCAACGACUGGUUUGAAGCCAAGAUUCCUCUAUCAAGCAAUACAGACUUCAAGGUAACAGAACAAGAUCUUACAUUUAUCUUUUAUUAUUAGCCUACCCUAUCUAUACCGGAAUAAAGUAAAUAAUAAU